AACCGCCCUUCAAGGAAGUCAUGUGAGCCAGGAAAUAUGGCUACAUGAGAAAGUCUAUUAGGACCGAUCGCUGCAUAUUAUCAAUAGGUAUCUUUGCGACGAUCAUCUUGCCACGCUCCGUCGUGACAGGUUAUCCCAGGCUUCGAAGUCUGCUAUUCCCAGGUUUGGUAUCGGGGGUUGUUUUCUGUAAGUGAUUUGCGUCGUUAUUGGAAUAGUUUAGGGCGAGUUUAUGAAACAACGUUCCCCUUAUCAUUAACCGAACUGUCAAGUUCCCAGCUAAAGCCUCUGAAAAUGAACACCGAGAAAGACUUCUCGCCUUUGACCCCAAAUAUUGUCAGAGCACUCAACGACAAACUGUACGAGAAGAGGAAGGUUGCUGCUCUAGAGAUUGAAAAACUGGUGAGGGAGUUUGUGGCUCAGAACAACUCUACCCAGAUUAGACAUGUUAUCCAGAUACUGGCCUCAGAGUUCGCCCUGUCCCAGCACCCUCACAGCCGCAAAGGAGGCCUCAUCGGCCUGGCAGCAUGCUCCAUUGCCCUGGGAAAGGACUCCGGGCUGUACCUGAAGGAGCUUAUCGAGCCCGUACUCACCUGCUUUAAUGAUUCAGACAGCAGACUGCGGUACUAUGCCUGUGAGGCGCUCUACAACAUAGUAAAAGUGGCCAGGGGAGCUGUGUUACCCCACUUCAACGUGCUCUUCGACGGCCUCAGCAAGCUUGCUGCAGAUCCUGACCCCAAUGUGAAGAGUGGCUCUGAACUCCUUGACAGACUAUUGAAGGACAUUGUGACGGAGAGUAACAAGUUUGACCUGGUGGCGUUUGUCCCCCUGCUGCGUGAGAGAAUCUACUCCAAUAACCAGUAUGCCCGUCAAUUCAUCAUAUCCUGGAUAUUAGUUCUGGAAUCUGUUCCGGACAUCAACCUCCUGGACUACUUGCCAGAAAUCCUUGAUGGACUCUUCCAGAUCUUAGGGGACAGCAGCAAAGAGAUUCGGAGGACGUGUGAAGUUGUCUUGGGCGAGUUCCUGAAGGAGAUCAAGAAGACUCCCUCUAGUGUCAAGUUUGCAGAGAUGGCCAACAUCCUGGUCAUCCAUUGCCAGGUUUCUGAUGAGUCCAAACUCACCAAUGACCUAAUCCAGUUGACAGCCAUGACGUGGAUGAGGGAGUUUAUCCAGCUGGCAGGGAGGGUGGUCCUGCCCUACUCCUCUGGCAUCCUGACUGCUGUCCUGCCCUGCCUGUCCUACGACGACCGCAAAAAGAGCACCAAAGAAGCUGCCAGUGCCUGUAACCACAGCCUGAUGAAGCUGGUGACCCCUGAAGAUGAUGAGGAUGAAGAAGAAACUGGAAGCGGUGACAGCCAACCCAGAGAAGACAGCCCGCCAAAGACCGAGGGGGACACUAACGAUAUGCUCAACGCGUCACAGGAGUCUGUGGGUUUCAGCAACAUCUGCUUCUUCACUCCCACAAGGAAAACAGUCCUGCAUGAAAGUCCCUGUUCUGAUGACUGUGAUCUCUCUCCGUUCCCGAUUGCUGACCGGUCACAGGUGACCCUUGACCUUGAUGGGAUAGUUCAGGUGCUGGACCGCCACCUGCAUGACGCCUCCACCGGCAUGAUGACCCGCAUCGCCGUGCUCAAGUGGCUGUACCACCUCUACAUCAAGACACCUCGCAAAAUGUUCCGGCACACAGACAGUCUGUUCCCCAUGUUGCUGAAGACCCUCUCUGAUGAGUCUGAUGAGGUCAUUCUUAAGGACCUGGAGGUUCUGGCUGAGAUUGCGUCAUCCCCAGCAGGACAGACCGAUUCCUCAGGCUCCUGUGAUAAUUCUGACAGCAAACUGGAGCUUCAGGUUCCUGAUGGGGCCAAGGCAGGCCCACAGACAGUCGUGGGUGACUCGUCGCCCUCCACCCCCAGCAUGAACUCUUACUUCUACAAGUUCAUGAUCAACCUCCUGAAGCGCUUCUGCCUAGAGAGAAAGCUGCUGGAGAACAGAGGAGCCUUCAUUAUCAGGCAGUUGUGUCUGCUUCUGCAUGCAGAGAACAUAUUCCACUCCAUGGCAGACAUCCUGUUGAAGGAAGAGGACCUGAAGUUUGCAUCCACCAUGGUGCAGACGCUCAACACCAUCCUGCUCACCUCUGCAGAGCUCUUUCAGCUGCGCAACCAGCUCAAGGACCUGCGCACACAGGAGAGUUGUGCCCUGUUCUGCUGCCUGUAUCGUUCUUGGUGUCACAACCCUGUGGCCACCGUGUCUCUCUGCUUCCUGACCCAGAACUACCGCCAUGCCUAUGACCUCAUCCAAAAGUUCGGUGAUUUGGAGGUGACUGUAGACUUCCUCAUGGAAGUUGACAAGCUGGUACAGUUGAUCGAGAGCCCCAUCUUUACCUACUUGCGUCUCCAACUGCUGGAUGUGGAGAACAACCCAUACCUGAUCAAGGCCCUGUACGGCCUGCUGAUGCUGCUGCCCCAGAGCCAGGCCUUCCAGCUGCUCUCCCACCGCCUGCGCUGUGUGCCUAACCCAGAGCUUAUGAGGACAGUGGAUGAGUCAAAGUACAUUGAGUCUAAGCCUGUUGGCACCAAGCGUCCGGCCUACACCCACAUGGACUACAAUGACCUGCUGCAGCACUUUGACCGUGUCCAGAGCAAACACCUGGAGGUACGCCACCAGCGCUCUGGCCGCGCUGACCACCCAGACCGGAAGCUGAUGCUGUGACGCAUUGGGACCAUCUUUGACCCCUGAGGCAGGGCACUGCGUCAAGCCUUCUCCCACGCAUGCCCACACAUGGCGACGCAAAACACCCCAAUCGGUAACUUAAAGGAACCAAACUGAAUGAAGACGGCUCAUCUCUUGUUUAGGAGCACCCUUGUGCUAUAAUAAAUUUUUUAGCCAUUGAGCGUUCUGUAGGAAUAAAGGACAUCAAUUACGAUUUUUAUUUUUUAAACAGUAUUUCUUUUGUUCAGGUGCUGGAAGUGUUGCACACACACACACACACUGCCCAUACAUUUGUAUUUAACCCUGAUUUCUCCAGAUGCAUGGACAAUUUGUUUAGGCCCACCCAAUCCUGUUGUAAGAAGUGACACUACCUUAUUUUGACUGGAGGACGAUCAAAGCUUGAUAUUAGGUCAGGGGAAACCGCUUGCAUGUUAUGUUUAGUUUUUUAAAUAAUUAACACCAUCUUUGUUCUCACUAUUUAAACUGCUUGAUGUUACUUGGCAGGCCCAUAUUCCACAGUUGUCCCAAAAGACCUGUACGAUGGACAUGUUCUUCCGACUCUAGUUUUAGGCUCUUGUUCCACAAAGCUAAACAACUGGACACUCCCUCCCCUGAAUUCAAGUCCUGCUUAUUGAACAGUGUUAAAUAUAUCUCUCUUGGCCCCUGAACUCUCCUCCACCCUUCCCUUCUCAUUUCUCUCUUCUCUACAGCCAGUUUUUUUUCCCACCAACUGACUGCUCUGCACCCCUUUUUUCUCCUUUGAACUGUUGUCAUUUACUUAUUUCUUAUUGCUACCAUACCUGCUUCCUGACCAGGCCUUCUGUAGACAGACUGACCAUGUGUUAUCAAGUGAAACGUAUCAAAUAAAGUGGACCAUGUAUAAUAA